AGCAAACACUUGCGCUAGCGUACUUGUGUGUUGUGCAGAGGAACUGGUUCACAUCGAAAAGGUUUAACGUGGACUAAGUCAACGUCUCAGAAUGUCUGGAGGGACCACACUGGAGAACGCGAACCCUGUGGUGUUCCAGCGGUCCGGUGACAGGCUGCUGACAUCGAACGAGGAGGACGAGGACGUCCAUGACCCCAUCGACGAGAGGGAAAUAUUCGAUCUGAUCAGAUCCAUCAGCGACCCGGAGCAUCCUCUGUCUCUGGAGGAGCUCAAUGUGGUGGAGCAGGUCCGCGUCAAGGUCAGUGACGCAGAGAGCAUCGUGGGCAUCGAGUUCACACCUACAAUCCCCCACUGCAGCAUGGCAACACUCAUUGGUCUGUCAAUCAAAGUCAAGCUGCUACGCUCCCUGCCAGACAGGUUCAAAAUUGAUGUCCACAUCACUCCCGGGACUCACGCCUCAGAGGAAGCAGUGAACAAACAGCUGGCGGACAAAGAGAGAGUUGCAGCGGCUCUGGAGAACUCGUCGCUGCUGGAGGUGGUCAACCAGUGCCUGACCCCCACCAGGAGCAUCUGAGCGGCCAAUCGGCUUUGACGUCUUCUGCUAUCAGCCACCGAUCAGCCAAUCAUGUUUGACUCUUGUCUUUGACAUCUGAGAUGUGUCGGCCAUGCUCUCUACCCCCCCCCCAAUCAUCAAUCCAGGUGUGAACAGCUGCAACUGGUGGACACUGAUGCAACAAAAACCAUCUCCGCACCUAAAGAGAUUAAUAGAAGUUAAUAAUCUUCAUGCAGAAUAGUUUGGACAGAGCGGUUACAUUUCACUUCCAUCUGGGAAUUUGAAAUGAAGAAGCUGCCUGUCAGGUCAUUCAGCGUGAUUCCUGUUUUAUGUUAUUAAAUCUGUAUUCUAACACAUGCAAUUCAUCAUUUUUUGCAAUCCCCAUCUGUAUAUAAUAUUGAUGCUUUUGACAUUUUAAUAAAAAUGGAAAUUUAAAUAAAA